AACCACGUCCUGCACAGCCUGACCACCGCCCUAGAAACGAAGCCCAAGAGAUGCCGGAAGGGCCAUCUGUGAGGAAGUUUCACCGCCUUGUCUCACCUUUUGUGGGCCAGAAGGUGGUCAAGACAGGAGGGAGCAGUAAGAAGCUGAACCCUGCCUCCUUCCAGUCUUUGUGGCUCCAGGAUGCCCGGGUGCAUGGAAAACAAUUAUUCCUUUGGUUUGAUCCAGAGGAGGAGAUGGAGCUACUCGGCAGCAGCCCACAGCCUGUACAAGGAGUGUGGCAGAAAGAGGCCCAGGACCCAGAACUGGCCCUAGGGCCCCAUGCUCAGGAAACUUCUGCAGGCCCCUCUGGAUCUGGGGAACCGGUGCCUAGUGGAUCUGAUGACCCCUGUGAUCCUAGGGGGCACAACCUGUUAGCAGUUGCCCAGAGGUGGCUGGAGGUCAGAUUUGGUUUGUUUGGCAGCAUCUGGGUGAACAACUUCUCCAGAGCAAAGAAAGCUAACAAGAGAGGUGACUGGAGAGACCCUGUGCCCAGGCUGGUACUCCAUUUUGAUGGUGGUGGCUUCCUGGCAUUUUAUAGUUGCCAGAUGUCGUGGAGUCCUCCCCCAGAGGUUGAGCCCACCUGCGACAUCUUGUCUGAUAAGUUCCAUCGAGGACAAGCCUUGGAAGCUCUGAGCCAGGCUCAGCCUGUGUGCUAUACACUAUUGGACCAGAGAUACUUUUCAGGACUAGGGAACAUUAUAAAGAACGAAGCCUUGUUCAGAGCAGGGAUCCAUCCUCUCUCUCUCGGUUCGCUCCUGAGUUCUUCCUCUCUAGAGGCCCUCGUGAAUCAUGUGGUGGAGUUCAGUUCGGAUUGGCUUCGGGACAAACUCCAAGGCAAGGAACAGCACACACAAAUCUACAAGAAGGAGCAGUGUCCUUCUGGUCACCAGGUUAUGAAGGAGAGCUUUGGGCCCCCUGGUAGACUCCAGAGGCUUACCUGGUGGUGCCCUCAGUGCCAGCCCCGGCUGCCAUCUGAGGAGCCGUAGAAUCUGCUGUCCUCGUAAAAACACUUGGCCAUCUUCAUGGAACUUGUAGCCUUGAAGAUCUAGAUACCAUGUGUCCUGAGAGAAAGGUGUAGGCAGGACUCGUAUGACAGGUUGGGGAUGGGGUCUGGAGGGUCAGUAUCUUUGACACUCAUCUCAUUGGAUUAUGCAUCAGCCACAACUUUCAGGGGGAUAGAUGUUUUCCUUUUCUGGUUAAUUCUAUAUAAUCCCACCAUGCUGUCAAAAUCCUGACAGAGGGUUGGAGAAAAUGCCUGGAGCAGCAGUGAUCUGAAAAAGAAUG